AUGUUCAAACGCUUCAGCCUGCGAGAUGCCAGGCAGCUCCGGAUCUGCGAGAGGACAAACCUGCUGCUGGUCGAGUUUAAUGCGGUCUCUUGUUCCAGCCGGAGUGCCAUGGAAGCGGGGCCGUGGACUGGGCAAGGAUGCAGUUCGCGCUGGAUGUACCACAGCAUGGCUGGCCAGUACACGCUCUUGGAGAAGCAACUCAUCCCUGAUUACUCUCCCUGCCGGCGUCACCCUGGCCCCCGGGUACUCCAGGAUUCGACCAAUUGGCACGAUGGCCAACUGCCCCCCCGCUGGGGCCUGCUGAAGCCGGAGGGCCACUGGUUUUCAGGGAGGGAGCUGAGCAGGGCGGCAUCCUCCCCAAAGGCCCAAAGACCACAGAACCCUGCUUUCCAUGGGCCACAGCCAGUCUGCAGAAGGGAUGCAACCUGGGGAGCCAGCCACGUGGCAAAGGAAGGCAAGUGCCCAGCAGGAGGCCCUGUUGCAAGAUGCCAGUGGAAUCUGGGAGCCCCUUCCAGAGCUCCCCCAAGUUAUGAAGCCCACAUGCUCCUACGCCUCCGGGCAGGGCAGGGCCCCCGCAAGGAAAACUGGCCACGCCCCCCACCCUAUGUGGCGCCCCCAUCCUAUGAGGCACCCCACCGCACAGUGCAGCCGCAGCAGCGGGCUCAGGGGGAAGCCCGAGCAGCCAAGCGGAUCCAGAAGGAGCCCCCCAGGCCUUGCUGCAAGGUGGAGAAAGUGGGGCCCUGUGAGCCGGGGCCUUUGCCCCACAGUCCUGAGAGGCAGGCUGCAAGACGGCAGGCUAAACUGCCAGGGAGCUGGAGCUACCUGCCAGGAGCCAGAACGUGGGGUGGCCCGUGGAUGCUGCCAGAGAGCGCAGAGUCCCCCUAUGGCUGGGCGCCUGGCUGGGGCGGGAGCUCCCCUCCCCAAAGCCACACGCUGCCUCGGGUGAAGAGGAGGAACAAGGGGGUGCCAGGGCCGGCGCCCUCCCAUGCCCUCCCAAGUGGCCCCUCCCAGCACAUGCUCCCUGCCGGUUGGGGCUUUAGCCAUGCCGCCGGCUGGCCUGGAGCCCUGGGCAACGGGGGCAGGGCCGGAGGGAAGUCCAGCAGAGACCUUCUCCCGAGGUGGAAGGAGCCCGGGCAGGCCAGGGAAGCCGAAGGGGGCCAAGCUGCCCCGUCGAAGCCCGCCCCCCGCAGGCAGGGAGGGCUGUUCGUCAUCGAUGCCACGUGCGUGGUGAUCCAAGCGCACUACAUCCCGCCGCCCCGCACGGAGCGCGUCCGCUACGUGGGCCCGGAGAGGCCGCCAGACAAGGCCAGGGCCCCCGCCUCGCCCCGCUCCCCAGCGCCGGCCUCCCUGGAGGAGCGAGCUGCCCGCAUCCUGGGCCUCUCCCUGAGCGAGCUGGGCUCCCCAGAGGCGGGAGGGAGCCCCAGACUCCGCGCGGGGGCGUGCGGGGCGGCGGCCGGGCCUGCGCCCGGGGCAGGGCAGCCCGGAGGGGCUGGUUCGGCCCCCAGCAGCCCCAGGAAGCCCUUGCCUGCCCCCGCGCCCACCGGGAGCCAGGCUGCGCCUCCGGAACAGGGCCCCAGAGGGGUGGCCGCCCCUUGCCAGGAAGGGGGCGGCCCCGCGCAGGGCGACGAAGCGCCGGCGCCAGCCGCGCAAGGCAGAUCCUACGUCCGGGACCUGAAGGAAGCGAUGUCGCGGAUCCGCCGACACACGGCGCCAGACUCAGACACGGAGGAGGAGCUGGAGACGGAGUCCCGGCCGGCCAGUGCGAGGCCGCCGCGGAGAGCGCCGCCGGGGGAAGGCGCGCUCUCCUAUAGCAGCAGCAGCAGCCUGGACAGCAGCAGCUCGAGUGCCACGGUGGUCCCGGGGCAUGCCGCCCCUUCGCCAGGCCAGGGAGCCGAGGAGGCGGCCGGCGCAGAGCCAGCGGUGUGCGGGCGGGAGGCCAAGCCAGGCCACGCGGUGCCACGGGAGCCCUGA